AUGGUCGGUCGCAAAGAUGCUCUGGACUGCGACUGGUCCAAAGCCAAACAGGAUCUGAUCCUGACUUACCUACGCGCCACAGGCACCUGCCACACCCUCAAAGAUCUCGAAAAGACGUUGCCGGCCGUGGCAUCGAUCAAUGGCAUCCAGGUCAAGGAGUACAUCCAGGCUCUUCUCAACGAGGGCAAGCUGCGGGUGGAGAAGAUCGGCAGCGGCAACUGGUACUGGAUCUUCGGGAGCGACGAAAAGCUUGAGCGCGAGCGGGUAGUGGGCCGGGUGAAGACGGAGGUGGAGAAGACGCGGAAGUCGUGCGCCGAUGCCGAGGCGGCCCUGGCCGCGGAAACAGCGCUGCGACAGCGGGAGGAACCCGAUGACGCGGAGGAUGAGGAUGAGGAUCACGCCGGGCGCGAGUCGCGGCGAGACACCCUGAUGGCCACUAGGAUCGUGCUCGAGGCCGAGGUGGGGCGCCUCCAGGCUGCAGAGAUGCAACGCAGUCAGGGCCGUAACAAGGGCGUUACGCAGAUCCGCCAGGAACUGGGAGGGUUGCAGCAGCAGGCGCAGCAGUGGACGGACAACAUCUACAUCCUCGAAGGGUAUCUGCGACACCUGGCGGGCGGGGACCGGGACAUGGUGACGGCAGUGAUGCGGGAGUGCUAUGGAGACGAAUACGUGGAAGGUGGGCUGCGGGAGUUAUGA